AUGCAACGCGUAAGCGCAACGCCAGCGGCACCACUUUUCAUUUUGCGUGCUUCUGCACAUACUGACACAGCUAAAGACAGCAGCAUGACGAUCACCAAGCGCGUCCAGAAGGAGCUAGUGCAGGCGGUGCCGCCCGCGGACAACCAGCUGCUCAAGUCGCUGCGCAAGCACUCCCGCGCGCAGCGGACGGCACCCAAGGCGCGCUCCAACACCGAGAAGAACAAGGGCAAGGCUUGGACGCCCGAGGAGCACGCGCGCUUUCUCGUGGCGCUGGACAAGUUCCCGUCUGGCCCCUGGAAGGCCAUUGCCAACUACGUGGGCACGAAGGACUCGCGUCAGACCAUGACACAUGCGCAGAAGUACAGACAGAAGCACGAGCGCCAGCAGCGCGGGCUGCGCAACAGGAACAAGACGGAGAAGAGCAGGAAACAGGUUGUAAAGAAGGCUACAGCUGGGACACAAGCUACGGCUGAACAGCCGAUGGCCGAUGAUAUCGCACAGGACGACUCAGUGCCAGAACGUGAUGCUGCACUGGUCGAAAUGAGCGAGGCUUUAGAGUUCGAUUGGCUGCCGAUAAUGCCUUCCAUGACGAAGCAGUUGUCGGACUCACCUCGCUCGGCUGACGAAGGCGCCUGUGCAGUUAACAGCGACCCAUUCGCACCGGUAGUAGCAGACGACUCACUAUUGACAAUGGCACUGGAUGCUGGCGCUGCUUGGCUCAGCGUUAAGGGCGACAAUAACCUUACGAAGAUCUUCUUAGAGAUCGAUGAGCCCGUGGCUGAAGCCGAGUGGCCACAAAUGUGGAGUACAAACUCGCUGGAAGAGAUCGUCACGUCUUGCUCGCAGUUCGACUUCAUUGGCGAGGGUGCGCACUGA